AUGCGGCUGCGCCAUCUCCCAGAUCAGAUCCUCGUUGCGACGCUGGAUGCGUACCUCCGUUGGAGCAGCGUGCAGUACGACUCCAGGAUAGUCCAAGCUGUGGACCGCUGUAGUCCCGAGGUCAAUGCGGGCCAGCCCGAUGUUGCAGUGUGGAAGAUAGUCGUAAUCCUGGUGCUCAGUAAUUGGUCGAGACUGAACAGUACGGCAUGGCAGAGGUAUCAUGUGACCGGCGUCACGUGGGCUUUGAACAGCGCACCGAGGACCGAGAGCCAAUCCGCUCAAGAGUUUCCCGUCUCCAUUGCAGCCCCCGAAAACGAACCAAUUCGAGAGCAGGACGACCGAGCCGAGGCAAAGCCAUCCGUUCAACCUCCCAGCCUUGCUCUUGUCGCAGGCCCGAAAGCUAUACAUGGUGGCAGCAAAAUUGUCGCGAAGACGUAA